AUGAGCUGCGUUCAAGUCAGUCCCUGUUGGACUGGUUCUGCGGCCCCAUUCUUGUGUUCUUCAUCACAACCAUCAUAUCUUCGUGCUUCAUCUUCAUAUGCUCGUCCUCUUCACGCAUUCCAAUCUAGGAAUGGGCUGCCGAGGUUGGUUCAUAGCUCACCAAAGCACCACAGAUCUCCUCUUUGCCUGUUUGGUGGCAAGGGAAAAUCCGAGGAAGAUAAUGAGGUAUGUGUGGCUAGUUUUCCUGUUGCUUGGCAUCUCUCCGAGUUUGGAAGCGACUGAGGAAGAUAAAUUGGGAAACCAAGAACUCUGCGGCAUUGAUUAUUACUUAAUUUGGUUCUGAUUUUCUGUAUAGGGAUCAGCAUGGAAAGCCCUGGAGAAAGCCAUGGGAGACCUAAAGAAGGAGACCUCAUUACAGGACAUAUUGAGGGAGCAGAUGAAAGAACAAGAGUACGGCGGUGGAGGCUUUGGAAGCCCUCCAGGUGGUGGCGAUGGUGGAGAUGGUUCAGGCGACUCAGAGGAAGAAGACUUUGCUGCAAUACUUGAUGAAUUCGUUCAAGUGGUUUUGGCAACUGUUGGCUUCAUAUUUGUGGUAAUUUUUUCCUCUAAUCAAAAAAAAAAAUCUAUCAUUAUUCACACUUCUAUCUAUGAUUUGGCUGAAUAUCUCCUUCAUUUUUUUUACUGAUCUUCCAAUUCUCUCUCUGUUUCUUUAUCUUUUACUGGGUUUUGAUGGUCUGCUUCCUGUCUGAACAUAUGAAGAUCAUCACUUUCCCUGGUUUUUAAUAUCAUCUUAAUGUCUUUUUCUUCAGUAUAUCUACAUGAUUCGAGGUGAGGAGAUGGCCCGGCUUGCCAAGGACUACAUCAAGUAUCUCUUUGGAGCGAAGCAGAGCGUGCGGCUGAGACGGGCCAUGUUUGUUUGGGGAAGGUUCUACAAGAGGAUCACUCGGAAGAAGACUCUGAGGAAGGACUGGCUGGAACGCACUAUCCUCACUACAUCAACAACCUGGCACAAACCCAGGCAGCUGGCCCGUCUGGUGGCUGUUGAAAGCUAA